AAGCAUCGUGGCGGCACAGCGCACACCUCGGGUCAGAAAACCUGUGACUAUGGUGCCCUCUGGAAGAAAGCACACGGGGAAGUCUGGGAAGACGUCCAUGGAGGAUCAGGUUAUAAGAGCCUAUGAGUUUGAGAAAGAAGUUAAAAAAGAUCUGAGUGUUUCCGAGGAGGAUGUCCCUGAAGGGAAGACUCCAGUAAUUGAUAAGCAUGGGAAGAAAAGGACUUCAGCAGUAUUUGAAGAUGUGGGGGGUGAAGUACAAAAUAUGCUGGAAAGAUUUGGAGCUGACAUUAACAAGGCCCUUCUUGCAAAGAGAAAAAGACUAGAACUGUAUACUAAGGCUUCUCUCAAAACCAGCAACCAGAAAAUUGAACAUGUUUGGAAAACUCAGCAAGAGCAAAGGCAGAAGCUUAACCAAGAAUAUUCUCAGCAGUUUGUGACUUUGUUUCAGCAGUGGGAAAUGGAUAUGCAGAAAAUUGAGGAACAAGAAGAAAAACUAGCUAACUUGUUUCGACAGCAGCAAAAGAUUUUUCAACAGUCUAGAAUUGUUCAGAGCCAGAGACUGAAAACAGUUAGACAGCUGUAUGAGCAGUUCGUAAAGAAUAUGGAAGAGUUGGAGAAGAAUCAUGAUAACCUACUUACUGGUGCGCAAAAUGAACUUAAAAAAGAAAUGGCUAUGUUGCAAAAAAAAAUUAUGAUGGAGACUCAGCAGCAAGAGAUGGCAAGUGUUCGAAAGUCUCUUCAAUCCAUGUUAUUCUGAUGACUCUUUGAAGGAAGAACUUGAACCUAAGUAAUAUGAUACAAUUAUAACAUUAGCUAAGAGGCAUGUAAUUCUUUUAGAGUGGUUUAAAAAUUCUAGUUUAAAAUAAUACAUUGUGUUGUUAGCUUAAGUGCAAGACCUCUCUACUUGUUAACUUUCACAUAAAGCUGAACAGUUAUAUGAAUAGUAGCAAUUCUUAAAUUAUUUAUACCAAGUUUCCAGCUUUUUAAUAGUAAUAGUGUAUUUUUCUCUUUAACACUUGUAUAUUAACUUUUAGCAAUAAAGAUGAUUUAAUUUCA